GACUGUCUUGGAGGGAGGUAGUAACAAGUGUUGGUGUCGUGACUUGUGAUUGAAAAUAAUUUUUUUUGGGAUUUAUAGUGAAUUUAGACAAAAAGUAUCCGGUGGAAUAUAACUAACUCUUGGAUUAUCAUCAGGGAUUGUACUUGAGGUAACUAAGAGUGAGGAGGCCAGCCCGGAUGUCGCCCGCUAACUAACCCUAAGGUUGAUCAAGAUGCUGGUGGAGAACUCGGGAGGAGGUGGGAAUGGUGGUGAGGGCAAGGGAUCAAACAACGGAGGCAAUGGAGGUAAAACUAAUGGAGUAGCGAAGACGACAAGUGGAAGCACCAAGUCCAGCAUGAGUACUAAGAGUAGCAUUUGCAGCAAGCCAGCCCCACCCACACCAUCCAAGAGUACUUCAAGUGGACUGGACUCUCAACUCAUGUACACACCUCCACACGUGUUGAUCCGCUCCAUCUCAUCCCUCUCGCAACACUCCCUCAGGCCAUCCACACCAGAACAUGACCAGGAUGAUGGCAUUGUAUCAGUUCCUGCUCUACGUAAAGGUGUGCUGCUCCAGGCUCGAGACCGUCUCUUCUCACGUUGGAAGGAACGUUAUUUUGUUCUCACCCGGGAUUACCUUGCCUGCUUUAGAAGAGGUUCCACCAAGUACUCUGAAAUGGGAUCCUUUAUAUUUAAAGUCAACCUGGCCUGUGUGGAGUGUGUAGAGUGGCAAGAUCGUCGUGGUGGCCCAGCCUUGGCACUGUCUCUGCCUCGUGAAGGUCGAGUGCUGCUACGAGCAAAGUCAGGUUUAGAUCAGUGGUACAGAGUGUUACUUGAGGCUACAAGUGCCUCACGUCACCGUCGUAGUGCUCUCCGUCGUGGUACAUCUACCACACACCUAAACAAUACCACAAAUAAUAACCUUGACACUACGCCUCCAACAAAAUCAGGUGGAAUACAAUACAGUCUCAGUGGGUCAACACCAGAGAUCACAAGGCUGUGUGAUGCUGUUUGUGAUGAUUCACCAGGUGGCAGCAGUUCUCGUGUUCUCACAAGGCACCAUAGAUUUUCUCUUCUUGCUGAUGUGGACCUUAGUUCUUGUGACACUGAUGUAGCUACUCCGCCCUCCUCAGUCACAUCCUCCAACAAGUUCAGUACUUCAACAUCAGCUUCUAAUACCUCAGGUUCAGGUGGUUCAUCUUCUUUGGCUUCGUCACCUUCACUGCGAGGAUCUUGUGCUUGGCCCCGUCCAUCAUCCCCUCUACGACCUGUUAUAGGUGAUGCUCCCAGGUCAAGACUCUCGUUGUAUGAAGGUGCUCGUGAAAUGCCAACAAGUGCCAAGACGCGUCACUCUGUGUGUCUCGAGCCUCGCGAUCAGGCUCAAGACCUUGCUCGGAAACAGAAGAAUAGACACUCAAUAUGUGUAGAACCUCGUGAUUUAGCACGAACCCGAGCAUCACUUUGCCUGGAGCCACGAAACCCAUUACUGGACCUGAUGGAGAGUGUGGAGGCCAUUCCCUCACUGCUCUCCCCAGAGGGUACUCGACCUCCAACAUCUACUAGAACAUCACCCUCAAAGAGUGAAGGUGACAGAAGAUCAAUCAAUGAUGUGCCACUGAUGGUGAGUGAGGUGGACACUUGCCCUUGUCCAGGAGCCACUCCUUCUCGUCCACGUGCACACUCCACCUCCCUCACACCAGAGCGUUCACUAGGCCCUCGUUCACGCUCCAACUUAGGCUUCUUCCGACACUCAGGCCUCUUUAAUCAUUAAGUUUUGCAGGAAUAUAUUCAUGUAAUAUUAAUUUAAGGCUUGCAUUGUACCUUAUGAAUGUGUACGAACUCCCGCCCCUCUCACACUGCCCCUGAAUGUUUGACUGAUUGACCUGAGACUAUUAUUAAUAUCUAUUCCUUCUCUUGAACUUGAUUAUGAAAAUAAUAUUUUGAAUGCUUAUGAUUUUAUAACCAAGAGUUAUCAAGGAUUAUUGAUGUAAUCUUUACUGAAAUUGGAGAAUCCAAAAUUAUUAUUUAUGAAUAGGACAAAUGAAUGUACAGUGUCUAUACAAGUUAACUUUUAUUUUACAAGCAGUUUCUCAUUUGUUUCCUAUUAUGAAAAUACAUUGUAUUUUGUUCACUGAAUUUCUUGGUUAUAAAUUACAUUCUGUUUAUACUGUAUAUGUAAAUGUUACGUUUUAGAAUUCAUAUAAUGCAUUAUGCCCAUGAUUUCCGUAAUUUUAUUUUCACUUUAUUUGUGCAUUAUGUGACUUUAUGAGAAAUCAGUCUUUUUAUUUCCAAUUCUGCAUCAGACUUUUUGUAUUGGAAAUUUUUUAACGUAUAAAUUUCAGGAAAUACUGUAUUAUGAAAGUCUUGGUUGUGUGGAUGUCUGUACCCACAUCAUAGUUAGCUGCCAAGAUAUCUGCAGUUACUUUUUCAUUUCAAUUUAAUGGAAAUAAAAAUACAGACAAUUGAUAUAAGGUGAUAAGAAUUUUGUUAUUAGUGUGGACAUCACUAAUGGUACAUCACUUUGUAAUUCCCACAAUCAGUAAACACUAUUAAAAGGACAAUAUUUUGUAAAAAAACAAACAAAUUUUUUGGUAAAUUUAAUGAAAGAAUUCUUAGUGCUUACUGUUAGUUUGGAACACAUUUAUUGUAACUUUUGUUGACUUAAGUUAUCAAGUCAAUGAACUUUUAUAUACUUUCUUAGUGUUAAGAAUUGCUCUUGAACCAGUGAAGUAAAUGCUGUUUGAUAUUGACAAGCAUUGCCUGAUACACAAACUAGUCAUUUUCAAGGGUGUGGUCAUUAUAUUGAACAGCAAUAAGUAAGUACACUAGUAAGUUUAUUUUGGACGUGUUGGUAGUUGUAAGUACUGUAUUCAUUAGUUUUGGCUUUCAGUGGUCAUUAAACAAAUUUGCAUUUAAUGUGAAAGCUUCAUGGAUUUAUAAUUUUCUUGUGUGCUUAUUUUUGUUAAACAGUAAAGUAGAGGCUUCAAAAGAAUCCAGCUGGAGUAGAAAUUGACUUUUGGAAACUAGAAGCAAUAGGCUAAUAGGACAACGAUUUAAUGAAUGUCAUUCAGGAGGCUGAAUUAGAAAAAUAAAGGGACAUACUCUAUUUUUUUUUGUUUUUUAAUUCUAUAUUAUGCAAUGGAUAUAUGAACGAUUUAAAUUUAUGGCUGGAAGUAAUUAGGUAAUAAGGAUUUUAGAUUCCUGGAAUUUAUGUCCCAUCAGUUUUAGUCUACAAUAAUUUAGCAGUUAACACUAAGACCUAUGUUCUGUGGAGAAAUAAGUGUUAUAUGCCAAUGGUGCUUUAUUGUAUGGAAGUGAAUUUGAAAGAACAUUACAGGUGAAGAUGAACUGAGACAACACAGCCAUUACAAAGCCUUCUUUAUUUUGUCAGGUUUUUGAGAUAGAUUUGAUGUCCUUUCACCUCUACCUUACAAAACUGCUAUAAAAUACUAUUACUUGAAGUGAAAAGCUUGACAUUGCAAUGCUAAGUUGUCAAGUAAGAACAAGAUUAUUGUAGGGUGCAGCUCUGUACAUAGAAAAUUUACCAAGGGAGUUUCCCACCCAUAACGGUAUAUAUGGUGGGCUGCUUUUAACUUAAAAAAGUGUGAAUGAGGUUGGAUAUAUUUUUAUAUAUAUUCACCAUGCUUUUGCUGGCUAGGUUUUCAAUUGUAGUGCACUUUCAAGUAGUGACAUUAUUGAACAUAAUGUAAGCCAUAAUUUUCUCCAUUGUUCAAAGAUUCUCAUAAAACUAGGGAAUUUAUAAUGCUGACACAAUACUUAAUCUAACAGUUAAAUCCUUGUAUCUGCUGUGACAAUAUCUGAAAGUCUUGUUUUGGAGUGGUAACCAAUUUUUGUGGGCCUGUAGAUCACAAGUGAAAGUUUCUCACUUUUGUUCAGUGAUGCUGUGAGCAAUUUGGUGAAACGUUAAGCAAUAUCAUUACUAACUAGAAACUCCAAAUGUCUUUCAGCUUUCAGGUGACCACCUAAGAAUUUUGGAAAAAAUUAGAUUUGAUUCAUAUUUUAACUGAAUCAAUUAAAUAAUUAAAGUGACCAUAUGGAAAACAUAUGUUAGUCUGCAUAUGUAGGGUAGCAUAUACAGGAAUACCUCGCUAUUUGCAACCCCACUUAUCCGCAAUUGAUAUUUUAAUAACCCUAUUAAAUAUUCACAAAGCAUACCCCACUUAUUCGCAAAGAAAAAUUAUGGUACCCUACAGUAAUAUUUCAAACGGCAUGGGCUAGCCAUAACUCUCAUAUUCCGCUGUAAUGCCCGCUUCACACGAGCGUGUUUUUUCCCGUAUGGUUUAGAAAUUACUGAAAUUCAGUGGGAUCGUUUACACGGCGCACACGCGGGAGAACUCACCGCACGCUUGUACCUGUACUUCCAAACCGAGGCGUGAAAAAACACGCCGAGCGUCCUAAAAAAUUUUUAUGGCAAUGAUAAAUGCUAGUUUAAAUGUUUACACUCAUUAACACCUGCACUCACACAACAUUUACUGGUCCUACAGUAUACACAAGACCCUGGUAGCCUUGGAUAAUGAGGAGUGUACAGUACAGUAUAUCGAAAAAUAUGUGUUGAAAGUUGCCGGCUAGUAACACAUCCCCCCCCUAUUUACAUUUAUUCUUAUAGGGAAAAAUUGCAACAACAUAACCCAAUUUUUUAUUCGCAAUGCCAUUAGGAAUGCAUCUUUUGCAAUAACCGGGGUAUUCCUGUAAUUUAUUUCAUAAAUGUUCUUGUGCUUUUUUUUUUUAAUAAUAAAACCAUUUUGUCUUUGGGAAGUAACAUGAUAAGGAAUGUACAGUAUUUAUUAAAAUGCAGACCUAUGCAGACUUUUUCUUUUUUUUUUUUUUAAAGGUGAGUUUGCACUAAGUUAUUGGGAUAAGACUUCUCACGUGGUCAAGUUUCUUUUGGAUACACUCGUAGGACCUCGUAAUACAAAUACAUCUAUUAUAAGAAACAAGAAAACAUGUAUUGUGAUAACUUGUGCUCUUUCAAUUGAGUAACUGUAAUGUUCAUCUUGUUAAGCUCAUUCACUUUAACUGUGCCAGUUCUUUCUUAAUCUUUUACAUUACUAAGUGGGUAAAUUAUUACCUAGAACAACAAUAAUUUUAAAAGAUCCAAGAACAAGAUGAUUGUGUGAACAUGUGCUCACUUUUCUGUCAUUCUGCUGCUCUUCAGUGUUUCAAGCAUUAAAAGAAAGUUGUACACUAUGGUUGCUAUAAACUUUUUACCACAAGGAGUAAACAAAAAUAUACUCCCAGCAUUAAGAAAGUGUUUCACAAGAUAAAGCUCAACAGCUGUGCUAAUUGACCCUUCAAAUGAUCUUCAUCCACCUUCAUCAUCUAUAGCAUCAUUAUUACAAUUCAUAGAAGUGAAUAGUAGCUUGUUACUAAAUGAGUCAUGUUGACAACUUAAUUGCCAAUUUUUCCGUUUGUGUUUCAUGUAAUGAAAUUAUUUUGCUUGAAAAACCCAUUAAACAUUUGAAAGAAAAAAUAAUAUUUAGUUUCCCUGCAGAGUGGUGUAACUCACUAAGCAAUCAUUGAUUAUUCAACUUAUUUUAAUUGAAACAGUUGUAAUAGAUGCUAAAAUUGGAUGGAGCGUAUUGUAAAUGUCAAUCAUUGAGGAAACACAGUACAGUACACUAUGUAUCACAUUAAAGGAAGACAAUAUUGAGAGGAGUAAAAGUUUUUCUGAUUACUGGAUAAUAUACAGUAGUUUAUUGGCUGUUGGUCAUUUUCAUCAACAUCUUCCACCUAAUGACAACUGUUCAAAAAAAAAGGGGAUAAGAUGUGCCCAUGCUUAACACUGCAAACCCAGGGCAUUAGCCAAAAAAAUGCAGGAAUAGGUACAGUUCUGGUAACCUGAUUGCCCUGAGGUGUGUUGAAGCCAAUUUUUACAGCUGGAUGCCCUUCCAAACUCCAACCCAUUGGUUGGGAACAGCUGGCAAGGCAGGUACUAUUGCAACUCCCUGAAGAAAUCAAAGACUACCUGCCUAUCUUUACCUGUGGUAAAGUGUAUACUGUGUAUAGGGUAGUUAAAAGAUGGGAAUGUCUUUACCAUAUAUUAUGAUCCAGUAUAUCAGAAAAAUCUUCACACAAACUUGUAACCGUCUGUUUUGCGUGUCUUUACUGGGGGUGUCCUUUCGCACUCCUUUCAAUAAUAUCUUCCCAUAAACUAAGUGGUACAUUAUAAAGGGUAGUCUUGUGUUAAAUUUUACACUUGUCUGGUCCUUUAUACUGAAUCUUCACUGUUGUUCCAUAUGUACAGUAGGUAAUUGUAUACAUAAAGUUAAUAAAAGUUAACCAAAUGUU